AGCAUGGUGACCCUCAUAUUUAUAUUUGCUGCCAUCAUCAUCCUCAUCUUGUCCCUGGCCUUCUCAAAAUCUACAUCCACAGUGAUGAGCAGCAGUACAAAACCUGUGGCCAACCUGGGUGAGAACAAGCUGCUCAGCUGCUAUGUUCCUGCUGACGUUCAGCAGAAUGGGCUCAGUGUCAUGUCGGUCCUGUGGGAGAAGAAGGACCUGGGACUGGUUUACCUGUACAGGGACGGAGCUCCAGCUCUUGCAGGUCAGGCCUCACAGUUCAAAGGAAGAGUUCAGGUCUUCCCCGAUGCUGUGGCUGCAGGAAACGCCUCUCUGCUGCUGCUGAGUGUGAAAAGCAGCGACGAGGGCGAGUACACCUGCAGCAUCAGCUCCUCUGCGGGCCAAGGAAAUGUCAACAUUCAGCUUCGAACAGCAGCCUUUUCAGUGCCCACGUUCAACUUCUCUGACAGUGUCCUGACCAGUGAGGCGAGSAGGUGGUUCCCUAAACCAGAGGUCACUUGGCUGAACCAAACUGGGAACGUCCUGAACGCAAGCACCAGGUUCACACAAGACCCAGCAGGAAUAGUCAGCCUCGUCAGCUCUGGUGUUUCAGCGAGGACGUACUUCACUUUCAGUGCUUCGACUCUUCUACUGUCAAAGUCUAUAAAUGUUGUGAUGAGUGUCCUUUGCUUCUUUUAUGUGGUCUAAUAAAUGUAACACACAUAAACAUGCUAACAUUUCAACAUACAUAACUUUCA